UUUUGCAAGAUGAGAGUUUUUAACUCUUUGAUUCUAAUAAUUUUGACACAAAUAGCAUUGAGCUGCAAUCCAGCUUUAUCUGCGCCUGAUGGCAGUCUUGUUGCAAAGCUCCCUGGUUUCAAUGGCAGUUUCCCUUCCAAACACUAUUCUGGGUAUGUCACCAUCAAUGAGAAGAAAUUGUAUUACUAUUUUGUGGCGUCUGAGAGGAAUCCAUCUAAGGAUCCUGUUGUCCUCUGGCUCAAUGGCGGUCCGGGUUGCUCAAGCUUUGAUGGCUUCAUCUACGAGCAUGGCCCCUUCAAUUUUGCCAAGGAGCCACAUGGUGGCUUUCCCACCCUGCAUCUCAACCCAUACAGUUGGUCCAAGGUCUCUAGUGUGAUAUAUCUAGACUCCCCGACUGGCGUUGGAUUCUCUUACUCAACAAACACAACUGAUUACAUCACCGGAGACCUAAAGACCGCGUCUGACUCUCAUACAUUUCUCCUCAAGUGGUUUGAGCUCUACUCGGAAUACCAAAACAACCCGUUCUACAUAGCGGGAGAAUCAUAUGCAGGAAUAUACGUCCCAACUUUGGCUUAUGAAGUAGCUAAUGGAAUAGAUGCCGGUGUGAAACCUGUCCUCAACCUCAAGGGGUACUUGGUGGGAAAUGGAGUUGCUGACAGUGUGUUUGAUGGCAAUGCUCUCGUACCAUUCGCUCAUGGAAUGGGCCUUAUCUCAGAUGAGCUCUUUGAGGCAGUCAACUCAGAAUGCAACGGUGUUUACUACAAUCCGACGAACCAGAACUGUGAGAUCAAACUUGUCAAAGUUCAUGAAGCUAUCGGCGAUCUAAACAUAUAUGACAUACUUGAGCCGUGCUAUCACGCCCCAGCAAGUUUCAUUCAGCUCAAGAACACGAAUGUGCCUCUGAGCUUCAUGAGAUUAGGUGAGACAGAAAGGCCUCUACCCGUUAGAAAAAGGAUUUUCGGGCGUGCAUGGCCUUAUCGAGCUCCAGUUAGAGACGGACAUGUCCCUACAUGGCCUCAACUUCUAAAUGGUGAAAAUGUCCCUUGCACGGAUGAGGAGGUCGCGGACAUAUGGCUGAACAACGAGGCAGUUAGGAAGGCGCUUCAUGCUGACAGCGCAGACCUAGCCGGAAGGUGGGAUCUUUGCACGGACCGGAUUGAAUUCAACCAUGAUGCUGGGAGCAUGAUCAAGUAUCACAAGAACCUCACAUCACGCGGGUAUCGGGCCCUCAUAUACAGUGGAGAUCAUGAUAUGUGUGUCCCGUUUACCGGAACUGAAGCUUGGACAAGAUCGAUCGGAUACAAGACUAUUGAUGAGUGGAGGCCUUGGUAUGUGAAAGACCAAGUUAGUGGGUUCACUCAGGGCUAUGACUACAAUCUCACUUUCCUCACCAUAAAGGGGGCCGGGCACACUGUGCCGGAAUACAAGCCACUCGAGUCGUUGGAGUUCUAUUCGCGCUUCCUGGCUGGCGCGAAUAUAUGAAAGUCAAUGACGUUGCCCUGUCUUCGUCUUCGUAUGAGACGGAGAUAUUAUAUUAGUUAACCUAUUUACAUUCCAUUCUCAAAAUGUUAGUUCUCCAUCUACUCAAAAUAAGAUGAUUGUGAUACUUUGUGACUUCGAAUUUACAAUAAAUAAAUAAAUAAAUGUUAGUUAUCCAUCUA